AUGGGCAGGGGAGGAGAGGAAUUGUCAGCAGAACUCUCAGGAGCCCUUCAAAGAUGUCUCUUGGGUGGCAAAAGUGGUGCAGGAGCUGGAAUUGAUCUUGCAUCUCUCUCAAUUGCGGAUGGAAAGAUCUGUUGGGAUCUCUAUAUUGAUUGCCUUGUGGUCAGUGCUGAUGGGAAUCUUUUAGAUGCCUUAGCUGCUGCUAUCAAGGUUGAGGAUGACGGAUAUGUUGGUGAAUUUUUGUGCAGUAUGGCUGCUUUGAGCAAUACAUUAAUCAAUAAAGUUGAGAUUGCUGCCUAUACCUCUUCUGAUGAACAACCAGAGGUCGAUCUCAGUGAUGAGGAAUUUUUAAAAUUUGACACAUCAGCAGUCCCUGUCAUAGUUACAUUAACAAAGGUGGGAAAACACUAUAUUGUAGAUGCCACAUCAGAAGAAGAAUCACAAAUGAGCUCAGCUGUCUCUGUUUCUGUGAAUAGGAAAGGACAUAUAUGUGGACUGAUUAAACGAGGGGGCACAGGCCUAGAUCCAAGUGUCAUCCUAGACAUGAUAUCUGUGGCUAAACAUGUAAGUGAACAGCUGUUUGACAAGUUGGAUUCUGAGAUAUCUGCAGCUGAAGCUUAUGAAAGGGAAUAG